AUGUCAAUCAAUCGUCACAGACUUCAUUGUUCCUUCGUUUCCACACCAAUCAUCCAUUAUUCUCGUUCUGCUUUCUUUGAUCUUCUUAACCUUCUGCCGCUAGACAUUCAACUUUCCAUUGAUGAUAAAUUCUACUUAUAUCUAUUGACAUCAGUAGCACACACAACAGUAAAUUGUAAAAACAAUACAAUUUGUCCAUCUAUGAGAAUUCGUAAAAAAAAUCCAAACAAUCUUUUAGUGUUAGAAGGGGGUUUUGUGGAGAUUUUAGUAAUU